AGAGCCCCCAUCUCUGCUCUGCUCCGCUCUGCUCGAGUCUUCUGGAAUGGACCUACCUGCCGGGAAACCAGGUCACCCUUGUUCCUGGGCUUGCCUGCCCCCCGGGGAACACAGUUUUUCCACAGACAAAAGGCAGGCUGAGGACAUGGGGGGCAAGGACCAUAGGGUCCUGCUCCGUUUCAAAAGGACCCACGUGGGGGACACAGGGAGCCGACACUUGCAUUCCUGGGGGCCCUUGGUGUGUGGGGGUAACUGCACCCCUUCGUCAAGUGCAGGGGCACCUGGAGGUGCUUCUGCCCCGACAGCCCCCCACAUAGGCGCUCCGGCACCUCUGAGCUCCUAAGGGCCCUAGAGGAGCUCCUCAACGCAUCCGCAACCUUCCAUGACCGCUUCCAUCACGAUGCGGAUCGCCACCUGCCUGACACAAGAGGCUUGAAGCGCCCGGCCCCAAUUUCAGCUGCAAAUUACUGCAGAACCUGAAGCCAGGAAAGGAACGUAUUUGCCGCCCCGGUCUGCCCCUCUCCGGACCCGGCGAGGCCCAGGUGAGGUUCUCGCCCGCUUUCCAGCCUCACCUUCCACACUCCCCUGCCCGUCCCCCGGGGUUCCUCCGCCUCCCGACCAUGGCCCAGAAGCCGAAGGUAGACCCCCACGUCGGCCGGCUGGGAUACCUGCAGGCGCUGGUCACGGAAUUCCAGGAGACCGAGAGCCAAGACGCCAAGGAGCAAGUACUGGCCAACCUCGCCAACUUCGCCUAUGACCCCAGUAACUACCAGUAUCUGCGGCAGCUGCAGGUCCUGGAUUUAUUCCUCGAUUCACUGUCGGAGGAGAAUGAGACCCUGGUGGAGUUUGCUAUUGGAGGCCUCUGCAACCUGUGCUCAGACAGGGCCAACAAGGAGCACAUCCUGCAGACUGGGGGUGUCCCACUCAUCAUCAACUGCCUGUCCAGUCCCAACGAGGAGACCGUGCUGUCCGCCGUCACCACGAUCAUGUACCUGAGCUCGCCGGGCUCCGGCUCCCACCCUGAGCUGACUGCUAUGCCUGUGGUCCAGUGCAUGCUGCGCUUCUCCCUCUCAGCCAACGCGAGGCUCCGGAACCUGGCCCAGAUCUUCCUGGAAGACUUCUGUUCCCCCAGCCAGCUGGCCGAAGCCCGCAGCUGGCGGGCUCACUCUGCCCUGGGGAUCCCACUGCCAAGGACCGAGGCCCCACAGCAGCCCUGAUCCAAGGAGCCCUCAGGCCGCGGCACCCGCACUGCCAGAGACAAGACCAAAAUCCCGGUGGGGACUCAGGAAGUGGGAGCAGCGAAGCUCCCACUGUGCACGUUCUCCCCAAAUGGUGCUUUUCCAGCCACUUUAAAGGCGAGUUUUCUCAGUGUGACAGGUGUUUACACUGUGAUGAAAGGCACCAGGAGAUGAGGGAGGAAGCCGGACUUGGAGACACAUGGAGAAGGAAAUCGAAGGGUGCCGUUGUGACAGGCUGCCGCUCUCAGCCAGCUAGAGGUGAAGGUCCUGCCUCCUGGCCCACCCCGCCACCAAGCUGUCACCCUCGUGUGAGAAGCAACAGGUCCCUAGACUCAGAGGCUCUGCAGAUGGUGUUUCUCCUGAGGAACAGCUGGGCCUGGGGCUUAGGAGAAUUGCCUGAGCUUGAGGAAAUAGGCAUCAUCCCUUAACAGAAGUGUCGGGAGUAAUUCUGAGAAAUAGAAAUGAGAAGCCGUGUUGUUAAAAGUAUUUCAGGGCCCUGGGAAGCUGGAGGAGUGUUGUGUCCACUGCUGUGGAGGCUGGGUACCUGUCCUGCAAGCUCUCCAGGCUGGGUGUUGGGCAUGGUGGAUGCUGGCCUGGAGAACUCUGUGGCCCAGGAUUAACUGUUUAUCCACACAGGCCUGUCAGCCAGGCACCACGUUAGGGCUUCAAAGACGAGGAUGUGGUCCCUGAUCUUGAGUGUCGCAGCCCAGUGACUGUUAACGUGGCCGUCAGGCAUUAAGGCGGAGGCCAUGAGGGUGAUGGCACAUUAGAAUACAGGCACAAACUCUUCAGGCUGUUGUCUUUUCCCUUCACCACCCCAUGGUCCCUGCCUGGAAGCCCUGGCCUGCCUUCUCUGCCAUCAGGGUUAGUGAGGGGGUGGGUCCCUGUCCCUGGAAGUCUGUCUCAGGCUGGCUUCAGGGAUGCAAGUAAGAGGUGCUCGAGGGAGAUGGGACCAGAUACUGACAGCAAGCGAAUGGCUCAGAGUCUAGUGUCAGCUGCUCAGCACGGGGAAAGGGGUGUGGGCCCCCUUGGAAAGGUGGGGUUCAGGAGCAGUGGAAGGUCCUGGCCUCCCUUAAGGAUGACCUCUUUUUUUUUCUUUUUUUAAAGUUUAUUUAUUUUUGGCUGCGUUGGGUCUUUGUUGCUGCGCACGGGCUUUCUCUGGUUGCAGCGAGCCGGGGCUACUCUUCAUUGC